GUACACACUGGGGAAACGACCAGCAUUAAAAGAGCCAGCUACGCCUUUAAAUGGGCUUAGUUUUCGGCAUUUCGACCCAGGCAAGCACCAAACCCCGGAAUAGACAGCCUGGCUUGUCCAUGUCAGAAGUUAGAGAGGAGUAGUUCUCAUUUUGAGACAGAAGAGAGAGAAAGAGAGAAAGAGAGAGAGAGAGAGAGAGCCACAUCCUCUAGGAAAUCAGACUCCUUAGAACCAUGAAGAGUGUGGCCAAACCCUGGAACGCAUCCAUAAAGCAAGGGACCCACGGUGUUGAGCGGGGACGCCCCCUCCCUUCAACUACAUCUGGAAUGAAGACUUCCAAGUCUUCGACAUCACUUUCCUUCGAAUCUAGACUCAGCAAGCUAAAGAGGGCCAGUAGUGAUGACAUGCUCAGCAAACCGGGCAAUACCACAUCAUCUGGAGUUGCCAGGCUGAAGAAGACUGUAACGGCUGGAGCCAUCUCGGAGCUUUCGGAGAAUCGCUUGAAGAGCUGCGUAGGUACCAUUUCAUCCACCAAGCGGACGGGGAUUCCAGCUCCUCGAGAACUUUCUGCACCUACCUCGAGAGAGAGAAUCGCCCUGAGAGGUCCGUCCAGUGCAAAGAAGCCAAUCCCCAGUCCGAUAUCUUCCAGUACCCCCACUCCUACCAAGCACUUAAGAGGCAACAAUAAAUCCAAGUUAGAGAAUGAUGCCGGGGACAAGGCAAUGCUGGAAUCCCAGGUCCGGGAACUCCUGGCCGAAGCUAAAACAAAAGAUUUCGAAAUCAGCAAGCUCCGGAGUGAACUCAAGAAAUUCAAAGAGAAAGGGUCCCCGAAUGCUACAGAAGGAACUGAUGCUCUUGGCCAAAAUGGGGAUGAACUACAGUCUUCCCCUGCAGAUCUGGAUCCUUUGAUAAGAACUCUUCAGGAGAAGAAGAAUUUCGAAAAGGAGCUUGUAGAUCUCGGGGAAGAAAACCGGGUGCUGAAAGAGAAACUGGCUUAUAUGGAACAUUCGCCCAGCUCGGAGGCCGCCAUGAGCAACGAUGGGGGCAGCAGCCUGCCCACGCCGACAACUCAAGAGUCAAGCUUUGGAAGCCCAACGAGAAACCAGCUGUCAGGGGAAGCAGAGGAGUAUAAACAGAGUAUGACCGGGAAUACCCUACGGACAUCUGGGUCCUCGAGCAGCGAUGUGACGAAGGCUUCUCUGUCCCCGGAUGCUUCUGAUUUCGAGCACAUAGUGGAGGCUCCUUCCCGGCCCUUGUCCUCUGGCAGCAUCACCUUCAAGAGCCCCCGGUGCUCCACUGGAGGCAGCUCCCCCAACAACAUCAGUGAGCUAUCUGUAGCUUCCCUCACGGAGAAAAUCCAGAAGAUGGAAGAGAACCAUCAUAGCACCACCGAAGAGCUCCAGGCCACCUUGCAAGAGCUGUCAGACCAGCAGCAGAUGGUCCAAGAGCUGACGGCCGAGAAUGAGAAGCUGGCCGAUGAGAAGACCCUGUUGGAGACAUCCUUCCACCAGCACAGAGAGCGGGCUGAGCAGCUGAGCCAGGAGAACGAGAAGCUGAUGAACCUCCUGCAGGAGCGAGAGCAGGAAGAAGAGGCCAGCGCCCAGGACAGCAGCAAAGUCAAGGAGCUGGAGCAGAGGUGCAGUGAGAUCCUAGAGAACGCCCAGUUCGAGAGGGAGAAGCUUCUCAACAUCCAGCAGCAGCUGACCUGCAGCCUGCGGAAGAUUGAGGGCGAGAACCAGGGAGCCGCUGAGAUGAUCAAGUGUCUGAAGGAGGAGAACCAGCAGCUGAAUGGGCUUCUGGACCGGGAGCGGCACAACAACAGCCUGGCCACCCAGGCUCUGGAGGACUGCCGGGUCAGCCUGGAGGGGCUCAAGAUCGAGAAUGCCUCCCUGAAGGCCCAGCUGGAGAGCGAGAAGCAGAAGGUGGCGGAGAUGAGUGCCCAGGGCCACAUGAGGGAUAGCUCCGAGGUGCAGGACAAGCUCAAGGUGGCCCGGGCCGAGAAGGACCAGCUGGAGCUGUCCUGCAUCGAACUCAAGCAAGAACUGCUGAAGGCCAACAGUGAGAUCCAGCACAUUCAGAAUAUGCUCAGCAAGGUGGAGAAGGAAUGUGGUUACCUAAAAGAAAUAUGUGACCAACAGACAGAACAGCUGAAUCAGACCAGCCUGCAGUUUCAAGAGAAAACCUCAGAGAGUGACGCCGAGAUCAAGGACAUGAAGGAGACCAUCUUUGAGCUCGAAGACCAGGUGGAGCAGCACCGAGCAGUUAAAUUGCACAAUAACCAGCUAAUAAGUGAACUUGAAAGCAAUGUGAUGAAGCUCGAGGAACAGAAGCUGGACCUGGAGCGGCAGCUGAAGACCCUAACAAAGCAGAUAAAGGAGGAGACAGAAGAAUGGAGGCGAUUCCAAGCUGACCUUCAGACUGCGGUGGUGGUGGCCAAUGAUAUCAAGUGUGAGGCCCAACAGGAGCUCCGUACGGUCAAGCGGAAGUUACUAGAAGAAGAAGAGAAGAAUGCCAAACUCCAGAAAGAAUUGGGGGCCGUUCAGGGCAACAGCAGAUCUGUAAAUGAAGAGCCAGAUUCUUCCGAAAUGGAUGGCCCCAGCCGGUGGCAAGGGAUCUGUGUGAGCAGAACUUCCCCAACACCUUCAGAGUCAGCAGCUACUGUUAAGUCGCUGAUCAAGUCAUUUGACCUUGGAUGCUCAGGUGGCCCUGGGCAGAGUGUCUCAGUGCACAAGACCCCCAGGAGUCCCCUGAGUGGAAUUCCAGUGAGGACAGCACCAGCGGCCGCAGUCUCCCCCAUACAGCGACACUCGACCUACAGCAGCCUCAGGCCGGCCGGCAAAGGCAUGACGAAGCUCUCGGACCUGCCAGACCUUCCGCUCACAGACAUCCUAAAGGGAAGAAAUGAGGACCUGAAGCCCGACCACUACCUCCGUAAGAGCCCCUCGCUCGAGUCCCUGAGCAGGCCCCCUUCACUGGGCUUCAGUCAUGCCAGGCUGCUGACCCCUACCCCAGGGGGCUUGAAACCACAGAGCAAACUCAGUGUGGAAAGGAAGGAUCCACUGGCUGCCUUGGCCCGGGAAUAUGGCGGCUCUAAGCGGAAUGCAUUGCUGAAAUGGUGUCAGAAGAAGACAGAGGGCUAUCCGAACAUCGAUAUCACCAAUUUCAGCAGCAGCUGGAGCGACGGCCUGGCCUUCUGCGCUCUCCUCCACACCUACCUGCCGGCGCACAUUCCCUACCAGGAGCUGAACAGCCAGGAGAAAAAAAGAAAUCUCUUAUUGGCGUUCCAAGCUGCAGAAAGUGUCGGCAUCACCCCCAGCCUGGAACUCAGUGAAAUGCUGUACACAGACCGGCCUGACUGGCAGAGCGUGAUGCAGUAUGUGGCCCAGAUCUACAAGUACUUUGAGACCUAAACCCUGUGGAAGAAGAUGGAGGAGGAAGAGGAGGAGAGACAGAAGAAAAGGGAAUGCCACAGAAGCACUUGACCACUUUACGGAGGAAACAAAAAGAAAAGAAUUCUCCAUCCUAUUCCACCAGCCAGCCAAGGCUCCCAAUUCUGAAGCAAGACUUAUUGUGGUCCAGAAUGAACUACAGAGAAAGUGAGAUAGUGGCCAAAUAUGGAAACCCAUCCAAGGCCUACCAUAGGCAUGCGUGCAUGUGCGCGCGUGCACGCACACGCACACACACACACACACACACACACACACACACAUAUCAACCAAGGAGCUAUGGCCACAUCUAAGCCAGAGAAGGUUUUCUGUUCCAUGAGAAGUGUCUAAAGGGAAUAACUUUAUUCUAGAUAUCAGAGUUCUCCUCUGGGACCAAGAUGCAUUCUAACUGAACAAGCCAAGCUCCACUUUCUAAAUUCUACACUCCAUACAUGGUCUUUGGCCUGCUAUCUGCAGAGAUGACAGAUGGUCCCCACGGCAGCCUGAAAGUUUUUUGUUCCAUCAGUUCUCAGAUUCGUACCCCAUUCCCACAACCCCCCCCCCAAAAUAAACACAAUAAUUUUUGGAAGGACCCUACGCUUUCCAACACUAAACUCUCUCCUUGGUUUCCACUCACCCUGCCCCUCACCCCCUCCAAAAAUGCUGGAACAUACUUUCUUUCACAUAGGAAAGAGGCCCCCCAAGUUCCAGAGGCAGAUGUGACAGGGCGUGGAAGCUCCCACCCUCCAGUGCCAUGCUCAGAUGUUGUGGAUGGUAUAUUUUGGCCUCUGUAUAGCUUGAGAAAAUGGCAUCCUUUCCAUGGCAGAUAAACAGACAGAUGGGCUAACUGGCCAUGUCCUUGGACAAGCCCCCUUGGAGGGAGUUUAUCCCUCUAUGGGAGAGCCUCUGGCCUCUCCUGAUCACUGACCCUCUCCUAGGGCUGCUGCUGAGGUGGAUAAACAGUUGUGGCCCUCUAAUCAGACACACAUGCCCCAUACUGACCCACACACAUACACACGCACGCACACACAUGCACACUCACGUGUGGCCCCUUCUGUGGGCACAGCAGUGAAACAGAGGGGCACACACCAUGAGUGUGAAGCUGCUCAGGUCUCCCUCCCUGAUGGGUUUGUGCCUCCAGUGACCAUGGACAGAUAGCUAGCUCGUGGUUGUUUCCAAGGGAAACUGGGCCAGUUGCAACUGAACCCAAAAUCCCAGCCAGACUCUAGAAAUGUUAUAAUUUCCUAAAGUAUCCCCCCUAUCCUGGGCAAAAUGAAACUGGGGGGGGGGAAGUGGGGUAAGGGGUUUAUUGGGGGGGGGACAGAGCUGCUGGCUUCAUUUCUAUUAGAACUAAAGAAAGGAGCCACAUUCUUUAGGUGGUUCCUCAGAUGGAGUCAAGGCCUUCAUCAAAGAGUCAUUGCUGAAAUGCUAGGAACUGGGGGCUCUUGGGAGAUGUCGAGUGGCAUGCUGGGAACGGCGCUGAUUCCACUGAGAAAUUCAGGAGGAUGUGCGACUAGUAAAGACCAAGCUCGGGUGAUGGUCAGUCUAAACGAUGUUUCCCCCUCUUCCAUUUGGUGUUUAGAGUGUUGACAUGCCUGCCAUCAGGGAAAGGGGAGGGGGCUGCUUUAGGGCUGACAGUGAGGUGCCCAUGAAGCUCACGGUGUGGAUUUGGGCCCCUAUUAGCUAUUUUAUCCUGCGAUUAGGAAGUUCUAUUCUACUCGCCCCAGAGCUUUAACGACCAGCAUUGCGACCUAGAAACAAAGCCACGCGCCCUCCAUCCAACUACACUGACAUGAAAGAGACCCCAGGAUGCUGAUCCCGUGGGAGGAAGAACUCCCCAGGAUGCCGUCCUGUCGGGCUCGGGAUGGAUGUAGAAAACAUAAGAUAGCAGCCCAAGUGGGAAUGGGGGGGGGGGCAGGAAGGGGAAGAGAGACUCCAGGGCACUGGGUGGCAGCUGCACGAUGGUUUGGGAAGCCGGGGGAGAGGUCCCCUGACCUUGGAAAGGUAAUUAGAGAAGUGUGCCUUCUGCUCACUUCCUAGUCUCACCAGUUUCACUGGUUAGCUAACCAAUGUCAAUUGCUGUCAAAGGAGUAAACACGCUCAUCGAAAUAUAAAUGUAUUGAGUUUGAAAA